AUGGACUCCUCCUCGACCGCCCCCACAGACACCCCCGCAAUGGCCGCUUCAGAUACCUCCGCCACCAAAACCGCUCCGCCUGCAAUCAUUUGCAUUGGCAUGGCCGGUUCUGGUAAAACCACGUUCAUGCAACGCCUCAACGCCCACCUACAUGCGCAGAAAACACCACCCUACAUUGUCAACCUCGACCCAGCCGUCAAGAAUGUCCCUUUCGAGCGCAACAUCGACAUCCGCGACUCGGUCAACUACAAAGAAGUCAUGAAGCAGUACAACCUCGGCCCCAACGGCGGCAUCAUGACCUGCCUGAACCUCUUCGCAACCAAAGUCGACCAAGUCAUUGGCAUCCUCGAGAAGCGCAAGGAUGCGGGCAGCAUCGACUGCGUGCUCGUGGACACGCCUGGGCAGAUCGAGUGCUUUGUCUGGUCCGCUUCCGGCGCCAUAAUAACAGAUGCGUUAGCGUCAGCGUUUCCUACCGUCAUUGCGUAUAUCAUUGAUACGCCAAGGACGACUUCCCCCGCAACGUUUAUGAGCAAUAUGCUGUAUGCGUGCUCGAUCCUGUAUAAGACGAAGCUGCCGAUGAUCUUGGUGUUCAAUAAGACAGAUGCGCAGGAUGCAGCAUUUGCGAAGGAAUGGAUGACGGACUUCGAGGCAUUUCAGAGGGCGCUAAGAGAGAGCGAGGAGGGCAAUGAUGAGGGUGUGGGUGGGAGUGGCUAUAUGGCUAGUCUACUCAAUUCCAUGAGCUUGAUGCUCGAUGAGUUCUACAAGCACCUAGACCUCGUAGCAGUGAGUGCGAUGACAGGAGCCGGGAUCGAGGACUUCAUGGUGGCUGUAAAAGGCAAAUGUGAAGAAUACGAAAGAGACUACAGGCCGGAGAUGGAGAAGGCUAGGAAGAAGAGGGAUGAGCAGAGGAUCAAAGAGAAGGAGAAGGAGCUCGAUAGGCUCAUGAAAGACAUGGACGUCGACGGAGGUGUGAGCAGCAAGAGUGGUAGGAAGAAGUCCAUGCCCAAAGAAGAGGAGGAGCAGGAUCUUCUCAGCGAUAUGGAGUCAAGCGACGAGGAAGCUGGCCAGGGCAUGCAGGAGAGGGACGAGGAUGAGGGGGCCAUGGAUGAGGAUGAAGAGGGACUACAGGGGAGAUAUGAACGUGAGCUGAGGGAGAAAGGAGGGACUGAUGCUGGUGUCUUGCAGGAUGCGAGUCUGAGAAGGUAUCUGGGUGCUAAUCAGAUGUAA